AAAGAGAUCCCUUAUAUCAUCUUCAAAGUGGAAUGUAAACGAGCCACUUAACCAAAAGGCUUUAUGAUCUCACGUAAUGUCCAUCCGAUAGCACACACAUUCAUCUCUUUAGAUCAGCCAACUAAAGAGCUUUUCUUCUAAUUUCAGGAGGAUUAAGAUCAGUACAUGGGUCACGGCGAGAUGGAUGGUUCAUUUCAUACACCAGAAUGGCAUGCUGCUCGUUUGGCCAGUCUCAAGACUACACACACUCUUACUUGGGAAGAAUAUAGACAGAAGCAAAAGGAAGAAGAACUGAAAAAGGUUGAACUUGAAGCAGAUACCGAUAUGUUGAUGCGUGAGUAUAGAGCUCAGCUGGAUGCUGAAAGAGCAAUGAAGCUCUCUAAGGGAAGGAACUAUUCUAGCGAUAGAUCCACGAAAGAUAGGAAGGAGAGAGAGCUCACAGAUAGAAAGGGCAGAGAUUCGAAGAGGAAGAGAAGCAAAAAGAGAAAGCAUUCGAGAAGGGGAUCAUCUGACUCAAGCUCAUCCUCCGAAUCAUCAAGUAGUGACGAAGAGGAAUUUAGGAAAUCAAGGUCAAGUUCUAAAAGACCAAAAAGGGAGAGGAAACACAAGUCUAGAGGCAGACAUUCAAGGACAUGAUUGUACUAUCCAUUCCUCAUCUCCCUGCGAUAUUUUUAGUUCUUAGCUUAUCUUUUUUAGACUACAAUUUGUUACGGUGGAUUCAAAAUUGCAGUAAUGUACGCAAUUCGGUAUGUUGUAUGAAAGAAGAAAGUUGACAAUAUUGGCAAACAUUUUGAAAACUAUUUCUGGGACAAUUUAAGUCUUUAAUAGCUGCAACAACAAAAUGGGGCAAAUUACAAAUACGAAUAAGAAAAAAAAAAAAAAAA